AUGUCAAGAAAAGAGCUUAUUAGGCAUAAGGCUUUCUCAUCACAGAAGGAGCCGCAAUCAGAGAAGGAGCGACAAUUGGCACAUCUCUGGAAAGGUCUAUUCGGCGCUGAAGCGGAGAUUGAUGUACAGAGCAAUUUCUUCGACUUAGGAGGAGAUUCUCUCAUGGCAAUGAAACUGGUGGCCGCUGCACGCGCGGAAAACCUUCUCACCAGCGUAGCUGAUAUAUUCCGGCAUCCAAUCUUAUCCGAACUGGCUAUAACCCUAAAGCAUUCUGAUUCCGAAGCGGAAAUCGAUGUGCCGCCAUUUUCCCUCCUGGAUUCACACUGGAAAGAGAACAAUGCGCGCAUCGAAACGGCAAAACUCUGCGGGAUUGACGCAACAUCAGUCAUGGAUGUCUACCCUUGUACGCCAUUGCAAGAAGGCUUGAUGGCCCUUUCUGCCAAAGUCAGCGAAGCGUAUGUUGCUCAGCGAGUUGUCGAGCUAGCAGAUUUCCAAACCGCACAGCGGCUCCAAAGGGCGUUCGAAACUGCAGCUGCAGACUCCCCAAUAUUACGCACACGCAUAGUGCAGGUUCCCGGUCGUGGUCUCAUGCAGGUUGUUUUGAAAGAUGGGAUCACAUGGCGUGCAGGCACGACCCUAGAGGAGUACUUGGUUAAAGACCGGAAUGAAUCAAUGGGAUUAGGCACACCGCUCGCGCGUUUUGCAGUUACUUCAAAUGAGACAACAGGCAAAUUCCAUUUUGUCUUGACAAUACAUCAUGCUUUGUAUGAUGGUUGGUCUAUGCCAUUGGUAGUGCGGCGCGUUAAUAGGGCGUUUAACAACCAAGAAUCAGAAAGAUCAGUCGCUUUCAACUCCUUUAUUAAACACCUCAGCGGCCUCAACCAUAAAGAUUCCGAGAUAUACUGGAAGGAACAACUGCAAGGCGCGAAUGGUUUGCAGUUCCCAGCUCUCCCGCGGGCUAGAUACCAAACACAGGCUCAAUCGCUAUUGGAACAAUACUUCCUGCUAGGGAAGACAUCGGCAUCAAGUACCAGCAUUGCGACCUCUAUCAGAGCAGCCUGGGCUUUGGUUGCAGGAAAAUAUACCUUAUCCGAUGAUGUCAUAUUUGGAGAAACUCUUACAGGGAGAAAUGCACCUGUUGUUGGUAUUGAAAAAAUCGAAGGGCCCAUGAUUACCACCGUCCCCGUGCGGGUACGGAUUGACCGAAAUGCACGCGUUAGCGAGUAUCUACGAACAGUCCACGAUGACAGUAUACUUCGUAUCCCCCAUGAACACAUGGGGCUGCAGCAUAUCAGACGUCUGACCCCUGACGCGCGCGAAGCUUGCGAGUUGAGGACCGGCAUUGUCAUUCACCCAACCACAACGGAGGAUAGCACGAGCCUGACGGGAGAUGGACCAGCCAAUGGUUUUGUCCCAGCCGGAGAUGAGGACGCUGCCCGCGAGGCAUUGAAAUUCAAUACGUAUGCUCUUAUGUUGGUUUGCUCGUUGGAUCCCAAAGGUUUCCUGGUUAUGGCCAGCUUUGAUUCGGCCACAAUUGACGUCUGUCAAAUGGAUAAGGUGUUGGGGCAAUUCGGACAAACCGUACAACGACUAUGUGAAAAUGGGAAUUCUCUUGUCAGCGAUUUGCUACCAAUGACAGACGAAGAGCUAGCUGAGAUAUGGCGUUUCAGCAAUACCUACAAACCAAAUAGUGGAGAUGAGGUAGUUUUGGGUCAUGACUACUCGGAUGCAACUGCAACUUGGAUAGUUGCUCCUGAAGAUUCGGAACAGUUAGUCCCGCUUGGGGGAAUAGGAGAGCUCGUCAUCGAAGGGGAUUUCCCAACAAACACUUCCAUUCAAAUCAGCGGUACCAAAUGGCUUUCUGCUGGUCAUCGGGAUAUUCCAGGAAGGCAAGCGACCCUUCAUAAAACGGGCCAGUUAGCCAAGUACAACAGUGAUGGUUCGUUAGUGAUCCUAGGGGGAAAGGGCGGCAAUAUCAAACCUGACAUGGAAAUUAAGAAACCGGAAGCCAAAAGUCAGUCACAAGUGACAACUCCCAAACAACAGAAGUUACGAAAGCUCUGGGCACGCGUCCUUGGGAUUAGUGAGGACGAGGUUGGCUUUAAUGACAGUUUCUUUGACCUCGGCGGCGACUCUAUUAGCGCUAUGAAAUUGGUGUCGGAGGGAAGAUUGGAAAAUCUCGAAUUGGUAGUUAUGCAGGUUUUCCAGCAUCGUCGUUUUCACGAUAUGGCGGAUAUUGCGAAGGAGUCGCUACCUCUCCAAGUAGCUACGAAACAAUAUAGUCCAUUUUCGACUCUUGACGUCUCAGAUGUUGAUACCUUUAUUUCUGAAUCUAUCCACCCCUCGCUUAUGAACUCAAGCUGGAAAGUAGUAGACGUCCUUCCUGCACGUCCUCUCCAGGAGAUCGCCGUGGAUGGGACAAUCAACCUUCCCCGGUAUUCUGCACGGUACGAAUUAUUCUACUUGGAUGCAGCUGUCGACCAGUCGCACCUAUUCAAAAGCUGUCAGGAACUCAUAUCUCGCAACGAGAUCCUACGGACGAUUUUUGUCAAGUCCGGCGGUUCUUGUUUCGGUGUUGUGAUAGAGGAACUACAACUUCCCUUAGAUGAAUACCAAAUAGACGGCGACCUGACAGCUUUUGCGGAGCAGCUUUGUGGUCUUGAUAUCCAGACGGUGAUGCCACUUGGAUCCCCUUUCAUAAAGUUCUUCUUUGUCCAGAGUUCUAGUGGACUGAGUUGCCUGAUCAUGCGUAUUUCCCAUGCUCAAUAUGACGAAAUCUGCCUCCCCAUUUUACUUCGUCAGCUUUCCGCUUUAUACGAGGGCGAGCUGGUUCCUGCAGGCUUACCUUUCUCGUCAUUUGUCCACCACAUCGUCAGAAACAACAUCCCACAAAGCAUAGAAUACUGGCGACGCCUGCUCCGAGGUUCCUCUAUGUCAGUUCUGCGCCCAUCAACGCCGUUAAUCAGCAAAAAGUCGAUUUUUAUAUCCAAAACGUUUGAUAUCUCAUCACGUUCGAAAGAAAUCACGCUUGCCACUCUUCCUACAGCUGCAUGGGCACUAUGCUUGGCUCGCCGUUUGUCCAUACGUGACGUCACAUUCGGAGAAGUUGUCAGUGGUCGCAACAUCGAUUUCGCCAAUUGUGACACGGUGGUAGGACCUACUUGGCAGUACAUUCCAGUAAGAGUCAAGUUCAAGUCUGGUUGGACGGUAGUCGACCUGCUCAACUUUGUUCAACAUCAGCACAUCUCAAGCACGCCGUUCGAAGGCAUAGGGCUUAAGGAAAUUGUUCGGAAAUGUACAGACUGGCCCGAGACGACGGAAUGGUUUGACUCUGUCGUACAUCAAGACGUUGAGCAUGUGGAGAGCCUACGUUUGUUGUCAGCCAAUAGCCGAAUGGAUACUAUUUACCCACACCUGGAGCCUCUUCGUGAGUGGAAAAUACAGGCUUUCCCGAAAGGGGACAGCUUAUGUAUCGAGAUCGUCACAUUUGAGUCCUGGAGAGCAGAGGCCGAUUCUAUCCUCAACGAAAUGGGUGACAUUAUCUCGCUGCUGGUGACCAAACCAAAUUCAACAUUGUUUCGGACAGACGUGAUGGAAGAGAGCACUCCACCUACGAGCUGA